CACGGUACACACGGACGAUACACGGGCAGUAAAAUUUUUAAUCUUGACGACAGUAUGGUGUUGUAUAACUUGUGUCUAAUAACUGUGGCGUAUGCCUCAGUCAUACAUUGUGAAGAUUGUAUUUUCAAUCUGAAACACAUGGGAACAGAUCUUCAAUUUGAUUUAACACGUUUUGAAGGACUUCAAGCAGUGAAUUUCAACAAAUCUGAUGAUAUCUACUUAAACAUAAAGUUAUGUAAAAGUGAUGAACAUAAAUCGACUUGCGAUGGAAUCAAGUCAAAAAUAUGCUUAGUUAAAUACCAAAAUUAUUCUACUGAAGUAGAUAUUGGAUCCAAAAUUAAAGAAGUGAAAUUAAAUACUAAAAAUCAACUUGUUUUGGCUUUGGAAGGAAAUACUGUUUGUGAAAAAAAUCAAAAAUACUCAACAGAUCUAACGUUUAUAUGCAAUAAAAAUAUUAAAUUUGAAUCCUUUACGACGUUUAACAAUGAACUAUUUGGUUAAAAACCAAAGUCGCCAAUUUGAACUCAAUAUUUGUGGCCGUCUAACUGACAAUAACAAAUGUGGUGGUAAUAUCACAACAAUAUGCGACAUAACUGAUAUCAGAUAUCCUAAAGUGUAUGCUGUUGGAAGUCAUGCAAACAGCCAACUUCUGUAUGAUAUAGAUAGUAAAAUCUUAAAAUUGAUCCAAUAUGAAAAAGCUGUUAAACAUCAAAAAGGUAGAAGAAUUGAAUUAAUUUUUAAGUGUGAUGAAAAUAUAGCACCUGAACAUACUAAACCAAAAUAUUUAAAUGAUGAAUAUUACCAAAGCAAAACAAUUUCUCCUAAUAUUUCAUAUUUUGAAGUAGCUACAUCAGCUGUUUGUAUACCUAGGAUAAUAUUAUGCGAAGUAAGUAUUUUUUUU